GAUGGCGGUGCCGCAACUUUCACGCAGGAGCUAUAUAAGCGGGUGGCGGCAGUGAAGCGACGUUUGUUUCUGUCGGGGAGCGCGUGUGCGAGGAAGGAGAGAGAGAGAGAGAGAGAACGAAGGAAAGAGAAAGAUCCGCUCCUGCUGUAGGUGGUGCCCCUUUAGUGAAGGGCUGCGCAGGGUGCCUGCCACUUUAACCCCAAAGGACACAGUGCUCGCUCUUGAGUGUCUGGUGCAAAGGAGGGACAAGUGAACACAGAAGGACUACUCCAAGUGAUAUCUCUUCGGGAAGGAAAACACCCAAGAGCUCUGAUUGAAUACCCUCGUCGACGCCUCCUUCAGUGCCGCCGCUGCGUCUCGAAACCGCUAUCAUGAAGGUCCUCGUCCUUGCGGCCGUGGUGGCAGCCGUGGCCUCCCUGCCGCAGUCCAGCCAUGAGCACGUGAUCCAGGAGCGCUCGUACCCCGCCCCCGUCUACGGCCCUCCCCCUCCCCCUCCCCCUCAGUCUAAGGGGAAGGGAGGAGGCGGAGGCAAGGGCUUCUUCGACUUCGACAUCUUCAAGGGCAUCAAGGACCUGUUCAGCUUCGGGAAGGGCAAGGGAGGCGGCCAGGAGUACCACCCUGCCCCUCGUCCCUCGUACGGGCCCCCUCCCCGCCCUGCCUAUGGGCCACCUCCUGCCCCUCCCAAAGGCAACUACGGCCCUCCCCCCAAGGCUCCCUUCCCGUCCAAGGGUAAGGGCCAGGGCAAGGGCCAGGGCAAGGGCUCUCACGGGCCACCUCCUCGCCCCAUCGCCCCCCCCAAAGGUCAUUAUGGCCCCCCACCCCCUGCUCCGCCCAAGGGACACUAUGGCCCUCCACCUCCCGCCCCUAAGGGACACUAUGGCCCUCCACCUCCCGCCCCCAAGGGACACUAUGGCCCUCCACCUCCCGCCCCUAAGGGACACUAUGGCCCUCCACCUCCCGCCCCCAAGGGACACUAUGGCCCUCCACCUCCCGCCCCCAAGGGACACUAUGGCCCACCCCCUGCCCCACCCAAGGCUCGUACUGGCGUCCCUCAGGCUCCCCAGCCCGGCUACGGCUCCCCCAAGCCAGGAGACAUCAUUGCCCCUUCGGCGCCAGUCCCUGUGCCUUCAGGUAACUACGGAGCCCCACCUGUGCCUCUGCCAGUCCCCGUCCCUUCGGAUAACUACGGCCUCCCCCCAGUCCAAGCCCCUAUCCCCGUCCCUUCGGAUAACUACGUCCUUCCCCCAGUCCAAGCCCCUGUCCCCGUCCCUUCAGGCAACUACGGCCCUCCCCCAGUCCCUUCGGAUAACUACGUCCUUCCCCCAGUCCAAGCCCCUAUUACCGUUCCUUCGGAUAACUACGUCCUUCCCCCAGUCCAAGCCCCUGUCCCCGUCCCUUCAGGCAACUACGGCCCUCCCCCAGUCCCUUCGGAUAACUACGCGCCCCCACCGGUCCCCGUCGCCCCCGUGCCAGCCCCCACAGGCAACUACAAUCCUCCUCCCGUCUUUGUUGCCCCUGCCCCUGCCCCUGUCCCUGUCGCCCCCGCCCCCUUCCCGUCGGGGAGCUACAACCCCCCUCCCUCCCCCUCGGCUCCCCUGCCCGACCUCAACCGCCCUCUGCCCUCGAAGCCCGACUGCGAAGCCUGCGACCAAGCCCCCUGGGUGCCCAUGGAGGUUUCCGGACCCGUCGUCGCUCCCGUUGGGCCAUUUGGUCCCGUUGGUCCCGUUGGUCCAUUUGGUCCCGUUGGUCCUGGCCCCAUUGACUCGGUGGAUGUCGGCCGCGAAGUGUCCUCCCCGGGCAUCAUUGAGAUCUCUCCUCCUGCCCCUGCUAUCGACAUUAGGUUUAACACAGACCUCCCUGUUGAUGAUGAACCCAUUUUCAUCGUAGAAAACGUCUCUCGUGACCCUCGCGUGAUUGAAGGCGGUGUGGCCCUUCCUGUCCUGAAUAACGAGGUCAUCUAUGUAUCCGAAGAUCCCGCACCCGAAUCCUUUACAGUGGUGUCUGAUCCUAUUAACGAGCCCGUCUUCAUCACCGAAGGCGUUUCAGCUCCGGCAGUCAACCUCUUCUCUGAAGAUUCCGUCCGCGAUUCUUUUGAUAUCGUCACUGCAGAUGCCCCGGUGUUCAUCGAUGAUUUCUCGACUGGCGUCCCCCUCCCCGACUUCACCUUCUCCCUUUCGGAGCCCCAGGUCAUCAACGAGGGUCAGCCCAUCUUCCUCACCUCCUCCGAAGGGUCUCCAGGUCUCCCCGAACUGGUUUCAGUUUCCGACGCCCAACUCCAGUCCAUCGGCGAGCCCACCGUCGUGUCCGUGUCUCAGCCUGAGGUGCUGACGGUGUCCGAGCCUGACGUCCCCGCCGUCUACGAAGCCCCGGUGACCUUCCAAGACCCCUUCCUCGCCGAGAACCCCGUUACCAUAGAAGACUUCAUCGUGGCCGACGAGCCGGUCAACUUCGACACCUUCAUCCCCGACACCGCCAUUCGCGCCGGAGACUUCGGGCAAGACGUCACCACCGUCGGCCAGGCUCAGUUCGUGGACGAGACCUUCGGCGCCGCGCAAGGUCCCCAGUCCGUCGGAGUGUCCCUGCCCGAGAUCGCUGGCGUGUCCGAGCCCGAAGUUGUGUCCGUGUCCCAGCCUGAGAUCCUGACCGUGUCCCAGCCUGAAUUCCUGACCGUGUCCCAGCCAGAAGGCCAGAGCCUACUGACGGCGACUCUACUUGAUCCAGCUGGCGACGUCCCUUUCUCCGUCAUCCAGCUUGAAGAUGUCCAACCUCCUACCCAAUCCUUCUUUCCCGAUAUUCGCUCACAAGGGGUUCUUCAGGAGACCUCGGCUGCGGCAGGUGUCCCCCUCCCCGGCCUCAGUUCCCCCCAGUUCGUAAGCUCUAGCCAGGGUGCGGUCGGUGGCAGCGAGAUUCUGUCCCUCUCCGAGCCGCAGGUGGUGUCCGUGUCCCAGCCGGAGAGCGUUUCCGUUUCCGAGCCGCAGGUGGUGUCCGUUGAGCAGCCGCAGGCAGGCCAGGCUUUCUCAGCUCCCGAGUCGAACAUCCAGCAGGCCGUGCUCACGAUGGUCAUCCCGAACGCUCCUGACAUCUUCACGCCCCAGGCCGAUGGGAUUUUGGUGUCCAGCGGCAUCCCGCAGUCUUCCUUUACCGACAUUCGCUCCGAAGGGGGUCUCCAGGAAAUCUCGGCACCGGUGGGCGUGCCUCUCGGCGGCCUGGGCUCCCCCCAGUUCGUAGGUUCCAGCCAGGGCGAGGCCGGCGACAGCCAGGUCGUGUCAAUCUCCGAGCCGCAGGUGGUGUCCGUGUCCCAGCCGGAGAGCGUGUUCAUCUCCGAGCCGCAGCAGGUGUCCUUCGAGCAGCCGCAGGCAGGCCAGGCGCCGCAGAGCAACAUCCAGCAGGCUGUGCUCACCAUGGUCGUGCCCAACGCUCCCGACAUCUUCACGCCUCAGGCCGAUGGGAUCUUGGUGUCCGGCGGCAUUCCUCAGGGGCAGGGAAACAGUAUCGGAUUUCAGGAUACUGUAGGAAUUCUUGAGGAUACUUCCUUCUCCUCCUUCUCCCAGGGCGCCGCUGCUGCCCCUGAGGCCGGCCAACCACAGGCCACUUUCGUCUCUCAGCCAGCAUCCGUUGGAGUGCCCCUGCCGGGACUGAGCUCAGCCCCGAGAGACAGCGGAGCCUCUCAGAUCACGCAAGUGUUCCCUUCGGUCGGUAACCUCGGGCCAGUGAGCACGGGCGGAGUGCCCCUCAGUGCCGUUGUACCCGCUAGCGCUCAGAACUUCCCUCCUCCCCCCGCUUUCCCGCAGGCCGAGGCCGACCCCCAGGCCUUCGGCAGCGGCUCCAUCGUGCAGGUGCCCCUCUCGGGCUCUGGCUCCGUGGGCCAGGACGCCUCCAUCUUCCCGAACAACCCCGGCCAGAGCCAGGUGAUCCCCGUGUCCCCCGUUCAGUUUAACUCCGUGUCUGAGCCCCAGCUGCUCCAGUCCUUCUCCUCGGCCGCCGUGCAGGAUGCCAUCGGCGUGCCACUCGCUGCCACCUCCCCCCAGGUGAAGACCCCAGACAUGAGCGCCCUCCCCUUGGCUGACCCCUCCUCCUCCUCCUCCUCCUCCCCAUCCUUCCCCCCCUUCUCCCAGGAACCCCAGCAAGUCGCCCCGCCGUCCAACGCCCUGUUUGACUCAGCUGCGUCAGAUGUGAUUCAGGAAGUUCCAUCACCAAUCCUCACCAAUGACUUCGACCUUCGGGUUGAGUCAGCACCUCAGGAACCCGAUCAGCUGUACUCGCCACCUGCCACCGACACCUCUCUCACUGACACAAUCGACGUACGCACAGCAGGCCAGGCUUCCAGCGCCGCUAACACAGCAAAGAGUCUAACCCUAACACAAAGAGCGAACGCGGUCUCGGGCCAGGCGGCCGGACCCAGGCUUCGGCCCCUGGUCGUGCGGCGGAAGCCCGAGGAGGGAGCGCCCCGUCGGGUCAGGAACUUCAAGCCCUUCGACAGCGACGAGGCGGGCUUCGAGUACAGCGCCCCGGGCCAGCGGGUCCAGAUCGUCUUCGGAAACCGCACGCCCAGGACCCGAUUCUCAGCUUCACGGGCGUAGUGGACGUGCGAGCCGGCAACUCGGGCAAGUCGCUCUCGGAUGUCCAGCCGCAGAGGAACAACAUCGGCUUCGUGUUCCCCCAGAGACGCGACCCGAUCUUGCCCUUCGGAGCCCGCCUGGACCGAAGAAGACCAGGGACA